AUGGAUGCCCAAUCAUUUUAGAUGGGACUGCCAUGUUUGCGAAGAUUAUACACUUUGUCAGGAUUGUAAUCAAUAACACUCUUAACAUAAAUUGAAAAGGCUUUAGUUCCUAAAACUUGCAAGCCUCCUAAAACGGAGGAAGGUCAAUAAUUAAUUAGCCCAUAUAAGUAUUGUAGAGCAUGCUAAAUUAAUACGACUUAAGAAAAUGAUUAUUAUGAAAGUAAGUAGGAUUAUCUAUGUGUGGAUUGUUUUGAAAAGAUAAAAAUUAAUAGAGAUAUGAGUUUGUAGAAGCAGAGAUUUUAGACGCUAAUAAAUUACUUGAAGGAAACCCUGAAUGAUUAAAAGAAAAACUGCCUUCUAAUCUGA